GGUUUCUGAUCUGGCGUAUCUCCAUUGUAAGAUUGUGAUAGAAGAACCGCGACCACGUACGCGCGUGCCGAGACCAUGAGCAGCAGCGGGGCCUCCUCCUCUCCGUCGUCCCCGCUGCCGGUCAGCGUCGGCCCGGGGCGCCGCCGGUACGCCUUCACGCCGUCGCCUUCCGCGUCGCCGCCCUUCUCUCCGACGAGCCGGGAGGACGACGACGCCGCUGGCUCGCCGCUGCUAUUAUUGCGGGCAGCGCAGUCAGAGCCGAGGCUGCUGCAUAAUUACUCCGCCUUCUCCAUGGACGCCGCAUUUGCUCGGGAGCAGCCGCCGCGGUCGUGUCCGCCGCCGAGAAGACACUUUGAUCUCGGAGCAUGCUGCUUCGAGUGGGUGCUGACGCUGCUGUGCUGCUGCUGCUGCUCUUCCAAGCUCGAGGAUUGAGUCGAUAAAGCAGUUGCAGAGACCGGGAAAUUUAAAACGAUGCUGUCUUCCAACAAUGUUGCCAACUUGCUGUGGUUAAUUAACAAUGACGGUGCGGUGAGCAUCGCGCCGUAAGACAUCAGCGGCAACGUGUGCGCGCGCUAGUGAACUCAAAUUAGUUAACAAAUGUCAGGUCUUGUUGUUCCCUUUGCUUCAGUUUCAGUAAACUCUAUGCGUUGGCCAGA